UGAUAGCAGGCAAGCUCCAGGCACAGGGCGACAGAGGUAGCGCGGAUUUCCUGUUGCCAGGACAACCCAGGCAGCCGCCAGCCUGACCGCCGCCGCCUGUGUGUGAGGAGCCGCAGCUGGUCAUGUGGGGGAAGCAAGAUGGCGGCCGGGAUCCUGAAGGAUGCGGCGUGACUGCGACCUCUGCGAGGCGUCCAUUCAGAGAGCCCGUCUCCUGAGGCAGCCAGACUCCGGCUCCUCUCCCCCCUCGCAGCGCUCCUUUCUUCCCUGUGUGAGCCUCUCCAUCCUCCCGGACUGAGCCCAUGUGAGCCGGCCCCAGCCCCGGGCUUUGUCAGGGUGCAGCCAUGGCUCUCACCUUGUUCGAUAAUGACGAGUACAGGCCACCAGUGUGGAAAUCUUACUUGUAUCAGCUGCAGCAAGAGGCACCACAUCCACGAAGAAUUACCUGCACACAGGAGGUGGAAAACAGACCAAAGUAUUAUGGAAGAGAGUUUUUCGGUAUGAUAUCCAGGGAAGAAACCGAUCAGCUGUUAAGUGUUGCAGAGGGGAGCUAUCUCAUUCGGGAAAGUCAGCGUCAGCCUGGCACUUACACGUUGGCAUUAAGCAGAUUUGGAAAUCAGACCAGAAACUUCAGACUUUACUAUGAUGGAAAACAUUUUGUUGGCGAAAAGAGGUUUGAGUCCAUCCAUGACCUGGUGACCGAUGGCCUGAUCACCCUGUAUAUCGAGACCAAGGCAGCAGAGUACAUUGCCAAGAUGACCAUAAACCCGAUUUAUGAACAUAUAGGUUAUACCACCUUAAACCGAGAGCCAGCGCACAAGAAGCAAAUGCCAGCUGUGAAAGAGCCACAUGAUGAGAGGGACUCAUCGGGGGAAGAUGUCGCUGCGGAGAAAAGGUUAACGUCCCUCGUGAGAAGAGCAACGUUAAAAGAAAAUGAACAGGUUCCCAAGUACGAAAAAGUCCACAAUUUUAAGGUGCACACCUUCAGAGGUCCUCACUGGUGUGAAUACUGUGCCAACUUCAUGUGGGGACUGAUCGCUCAGGGAGUAAAAUGUGCAGAUUGUGGUUUAAAUGUUCACAAACAGUGUUCUAAGAUGGUUCCUAAUGACUGCAAGCCGGACUUGAAACAUGUCAAGAAAGUUUACAGCUGUGACCUCACCACAUUAGUUAAAGCACACAACACGAAGAGGCCGAUGGUGGUGGACAUGUGUAUUCGAGAGAUCGAGUCCAGAGGCUUGAAUUCAGAAGGACUCUAUAGAAUAUCGGGUUUCACUGAUCUCAUUGAAGAUGCCAAAAUGGCCUUCGACCGAGAUGGUGAGAAAGCUGACAUAUCUGUAAAUGCCUAUGAAGACAUUAACAUUAUAACUGGUGCACUGAAACUGUACUUCAGGGAACUUCCAAUCCCACUGAUUACAUAUGACGCAUAUCCCAAGUUCCUCGAGUCUGCAAAGGCCAUGGACAAUGACACACAGUUAGAAGCUCUUCUCGAAGCUUUGAAGCUGCUACCUCCUGCACACUGUGAAACACUGAGAUAUCUCAUGGCCCAUCUAAAAAGGGUAACUCUUCAUGAGGACAAUUUAAUGAACGCAGAAAACCUUGGCAUAGUGUUUGGACCAACUCUCAUGCGGGCACCAGAGCUAGAUGCCAUGGCAGCACUAAAUGACAUUCGUUAUCAAAGACUGGUGGUGGAAAUGUUAAUCAAAAAUGAGGACAUUUUAUUUUGAAUAAGGAAAAAAAAAACAUGAACUGUACUCCGGAAUAUGAAGGAUUGUUUUGACGCAAAGAUGAGCAAACUUUUCUGGCCAACCCCCUUUUUGAAUUGUACCUAGUUGUUGAAGUGGCAGCCAUUUUGUGACUGAGAGAUAGUUGGACACACACUGCUCCUUGUAACUGGAAGCAUCUGAAGAAUGAAAGUCUGCUUCACCUAUGGCAGCCAAUCAGCUUCUCUUUUACUUUCUAAUCUGUGCUCACAGCAUGCGUAUCAGCUACCUAAAAUAGUGUUCCUGUACUUUUGGAGUCUGAUUUGAUCAGCGAAGUUGGUUAUCCUACUUGGUUUUAUAAAGAAGCCUCUAGGGUUUUCAUAAAACAGAAUAGUUAGGUUCCCUUUAAAAAUAUAUUACACAGAAAAGCAAAUUAUUGGUUGCUAUGGACAACCUCACCGUGUUUGGGUAUACUUGCUCGUUGGUGAAACAUUUUGGAAGAUGAUUUUCAAUGUAAUAUUUGCCUACAUAGAAAAACUGCUGAUCCACAGCCGUGACAAUUAAAAAUGGGAUUGAUUUUAAAAGGGCUCACUGACAUGGCACAGGAGACCUGUAUAUCGCCCAGGAUUCUGAUGUCUGCCAACAUAGUUGGCAGUCUGCACUCAUUUUCCAAUAUUUGGUGCAGUCAGAUAUGCACAAUUUGAUUCUGAUUUGGACUUUGGUGGGUCAAGAAUGAACUUCUGUCCAUUUUUGUCAGUUGUGGUGCAUGUGAAAUACCACACGAUUCAUCACAGAGAUGAACAAAGGUUUUUUUUUAACGUGCAUAUCUAGUGAGCUGCAUCACUCUGGUAUAGUUUACUAUUUGUGUAAGUGAGCCCUUACUGUCAUUGAUACAGUAUGACCAAUUCAUGGAUGAGGUACAAAAUACCUCCAUUAUGGUCAAUGUCAGGCCCUGACAUAACCAACAUAACUGAAAGCAUGGCAUUUCAAACGCAACACGUGCUCUUAGUUUUCAAAAUGUAAUCAGAUCCAUGCUUGUUGGGGGAGUGCUGCAACAGAGCACAUGUCAAUGAACACAAGCUGCUAAGAAAUCUGCCCUGUAUUGAAGUUGUUAGAUCCAUGGUACUGUCAUACAGGAAAAACACCAAGCCACUAUAAAGUAGCAAGAGUCCAGAACUUGGGCACUUUACGUACUCCUAAUCUUUAAAAAAAUAUUGUCCCGCCCCACACUCAGCUGCCAUCUGCGCUGAAGCGAAGGGUAUAAUUUUACCAUUGCUUUUUGUGUACACAGACCAGAAUACGUUUUUAUUGUUUUAACUGUGGCAAUCAAUUAUAUGGUAAAAGCAGUGAUGUCCAUUCUGUGCCAUUACUGCUGAGAGUUUACAGUGUAACCAGACUUGUAAAUGACUGCAUGUAGGUCUUCGUUUUUGUCGGAGAUUUCUUCUAGCUAAACGGGUUGUGACUGUAAAUCAGCAUGAUUUUCCUCCUGGAGUGAGAUUUUUGUGAUUCUGCCUUUUAUGUUCUGCAUAAUCCGAUUUAGGAUAAUGAUUUUGUGAAACGGUUCUUAUCCCUCAUAACAUUUGUAUUGCACACUUUAUUUUUCCUUUUGAACUUUUUUUUUUUUUUUUGUGUUGUCCAUUUUGUGUUGCAUUAUUUGCAUUUUUUUCUGAAAUCAAGAACGUGAGUUUUUAUAAUGUUUACUGACACUUUGGCAUGGUGACAGCAGCUGCUGCUGCAAUUUAUUUUUUUAAAUGUGUUUUUCAUCAGGCAUGCACCUAUUAAUUUAUUAAACCUAGGUUUUAGGAAACCA